AUGGCCGCACAAUCUGGGGAUGGAGCAUUGCAAUUACAAACCUUCCUUCUGCCCACUGGGGGCAGGAGUACUGGCCAAACGAGGCCACCAACAAAUUUAUUCACGAGCCCAUCAACAAAGUGGCUUGAAGAGCCCGAGCUCCCUUCUCCAGAAGAGAUCCUACGGUGUUCUCCGCCGCCUCUUCUUGCCAUCGAGAAUGAUCAAAUUGAAUCAAAGGAAGUGUAUCUCGAGAAACACUAUCGCAUGCAACGGUUCGAGGCUGUCGAGCCAACUCGGCUCGCGGUCACCGAGUUUCGACGAACUCCGUCAAUGCUGGAAGGGGAUUUGGCGUACAUUUACACAAAUGUUCAAAUUCAGGGCGUCGUCUUGACCAUCCACGGUGCUGCCGCCCGAGUCUCCUUUUCUACGGAAAGAGCUCUAGACGCACCAGUGGAUUGGGCAAACUCUAAAAGGCUUCGUCAAGGCUCUCUUGUCGUUUUGUCACCUAUCGAGGAUGGCUUUCGGUCAAAAUGUCUGGUUGCCACGGUCGCAUACCGAUUUCUUUUUGGUGGCCUUUGGCCAGAUUUCGUGGCUGAUCCUCCGGAGCCGGAAGAAACGCCUCCGCGAGUCGACUUAUAUAUUUCGGACUGGUCUGAGUUUGACCCAAAUAUUAAGUACUAUUUACUUGAAGCCAAAGACGGAUAUUUUGAGUCUUUUCGUCACACUAUGACGGCCCUACAAGCGGCCGCAUCUGAAAUAUCUCUGAUGGACAAAUACCUUCUGUCAAACGACCUCAGUAAAGGAGUGGAGAACAAGCCAGUCAAAGCACGGCUUCGGACCGUCAAUGCGCUUGACAAGUCGCAGGUUGCCGCAUGCGAGGCAAUCAUCGGCCAACAGUUGUCAGUUGUGCAAGGCCCUCCCGGCACAGGCAAGACACAUACGACUGUGGUAACAAUCGAAGAGAUAUUAAGUCGAUAUCCCUACAAGCCACAAAAGCCAGUCAUCGUCGCGGCUCAAAGUAAUCACGCGGUAGAUCAGUUACUCGAGCGUUGCCUCAAAAGGGACCUAGCUGUCGGUCGUCUAGGCGGCCGCACAGUCUCAGGCACUAUUGAAGAACAUUCUCUGUUCAAGAUUCGAGAAAGGUCUAGAGGAACCAUCACCGGUAUCGGAUUAUCACCAGCCGCCUACCAAGAUUUCGAAACCGCACGUCAAGUGCUCGAGCUCCAACUAAAAGGAGCCUUUCAGGGUCAGCAGAAUUACGAUAUAAAAUCGUUUAGGGAUGCGAAGAUCAUCACCCCAGAGCAAUUUGACUCUUUAGAAAACGACUGGGUAACGUCGGAGGAAAGCGAUCCCCUUCUAUCAUGGCUAGGAUGGAAAUCAUUUAUCACCUCCCCUGCCAACACGCCUCACUCUGCGCAGAAAUGGAAGACCAAGGCCGGAAUCGAUAGCGAAGAAGAAGACCAUUGCAAGCGUCGGUUGCCAGACCCAGACAAGCCAAUUGGUCCAUAUAUCUCAUUUACGAGCAAAGGCCCUGAGCCUCCAGUCUCCCGUUGCAGAAGCUUACUCCGCAACAAAGACUUAUACAAAGUCAAGGCGCAACAUCGCGAAGAUGUGUUCAAUUACAUGUGCCUUACACUAGCUCAACAAAAACGCACGAAACUUCAAGAAUCAUUUUUGAAGUUCAGAGACGCCUGCCAUCGCCUUCUAAGAAGCAGGAUAGACCGUGAUCAUCGUGUUAUUACGAAGACUCACAUCGAGAUUAUCGGUUGCACCAUUACCGGCUUAUCUAAAUACCGCAGACUACUUCAAACUAUUAACCCCGACAUUCUGAUAAUUGACGAAGCAUCAGAAGCUAUUGAAGGAAGCAUUAGCGCUGCUCUGCUACCGUCACUUAAGCAUCUUGCCUUGGUCGGUGAUCACCAACAACUGACACCGCGCCCUAUCACCACUAUCCUUACAGAACCUGUCUUUGCCCUGCAGGUAUCUUUGUUUGAGCGAUUGGUCACCCAAAACUCCAUGCCAUGUCAAGUUCUUAAGAUACAACGGCGAAUGAUCCCUGAGAUUCGACAGCUCGUUAAUCUCUUUUAUCCAGGGCUUAGAGACCACAGUAGCGUUCUAAAACGUGAAGCAAUCAACGGUAUUGGGCUGCCUCUCUGGUGGUUCGAUCAUGCCUGGUCUGAGCAAACUGGUUCUGGUGCUUCUGGUCACAGCAUAGCCAACAACGAUGAAGCUGACAUGAUUAUCGGGUUCACAAAACAUCUAAUCAGCUGUGGCACGCCGGUGGAAAAGGUCACAAUUUUAUCCUUUUAUACUGCACAGCAGGAACUCAUCAACGCAAAGCUAGAAGCCCAGAAUAUAGGGCUAGCCAUUUGCAAAACUGUUGAUAGCUUUCAAGGCUGCGAAAACGAUGUGAUAAUUCUUUCGAUUGUUCGCAGUCCGCACCCGGGGCGAAGACCAACAGCUGGAUUCGUUGAAAAUAUCCACAGAGCUACGGUGGCACUCAGCCGAGCGCGAAAUGCCUUUUACAUCUUUGGCAAUGCGACCAACCUCCAGGGCAGCGCGACAUGGGCCCCUAUUCUUGACAUGAUGGCUUCUCGGAGGGGCUCGUACCUGCCCCUAGUGUGCCCGAUCCACCAGAGGACAUAUUUUGUCCGGAGUCCAGAAGGAUGGGAAGGCUUGGGGGAGGCUUGCUGCCCAUGCGAUAAUCAUGGAAGACAAGAAUGCCAAAUGAGCAUGAUACCGGGCUGCAUAGUCAAGAAACCAGUCAAGACGCGAGUCGAGACACCGGACAAAACAACAAGCCAAGAUAUGGCUCCAGAAGAGAAUCCGGAAAGAAAGACAAUCAGCGACAAAAAGCCAGGCAAAAGACAAAGAGGCAAGAAAGGCAACGCUUCAUCCGUCGUGGUGAAAACAUGUUCAAUGACAAAGCUUGAAAAGACAGCGCUCGACCGGGUUCAAAGCGCGUGGCUAUCGCACGGGCUCCCGUCUUCGAAGUCCACCGACAAUACCUCUUCUGAGGGCCGAAGCCAGGAUGACAGUGUUUAUAGUAGCGGUACUGUCUAUAGUAGCGACUACAUGAUUGAAGUUGGCUAUGAUGCGUGUAUUGAAGAGUUUGAAGAGUUGGCGAUUCAGGCACGAGCAGAAAAAUUAAGUAGCUCUAGUCAGGCGGCUGAUGGGGCACAGGAAAAUGCGGUGGAGAUUGGUGAAGAUCUGAUUGACUUCAGCUAG